UUCUUUUUUAAUAACGCCUUUAGCGGGCCCGCCAGUAGGCUUAGUGGGCUUCGUCACACUGACAUACACUGCAUCAGUAGGCAAUCCUCUCUAUUUUUGUUUUUUGGAUUUUGUUUUUUUUUUUUUUUUUUAAUGAUCAUCAUUGCUUUUACUCAAUUGGGUUCGUGAUAUAAUCUUUUAAACUUCUAUGCCACAAAAUUGAACCGACCCAUUUGAGAAUCUCCCUUAUCUGAUGCUUUUCUUUUUAAUAUCUUGCCUCUCCUUUCUCAUCCUCUCCAAUUCAUUUUCUCUCCUGCCUUUCCCGUCAUGGGUGAAUGAAAUGAUAUUGUUAUUGGGCUUGCUCUUGCGAGAAUUGGCUUGUGCGUUCGUGCGCCAGUUGAGUGUACUUAGAUUUUCAUCAACAAUGUCUUUCAAGAAGAAUGUGGAGAAGAAGAGCCUCCCAAAAGUGGAGAAUGUGGAGGUGUCAGAGGAGUUUACGAUAUUGGAUUUGCCUGAAUUGGCAUUAGAAUCCAUCUUGGGGAAGCUCCCACCGUCCGCUUUGUAUAACAUGGCAUGCGUCUGUAGAUCUUUGAGGGAUCGGUGUCGGAGCGACCAUCUAUGGAAAAAGCACAUGAGUGAGAAGUGGGGUAGAGUGAUGAGCCCCACCGCUUAUCGGGAAUGGCAGUGGUUUAUCGCAACGAGGAGAGAUUUAGGUGCUUUAGAUGUGAGGAAAUCUAGAGGUUGGCUUGGGUCUUUAUCUUGUAUGUGGCGUGUUUCGUGGCUCAAAUCAAAGAUCAACAGUGGUGUGAAGCCGAGGAGUUCUUCGCCUGCAGAUUCAAUCAUGGCCUGCUAUCUCUCACUUGAAAGCGGCAAGUUCUGGUUCCCAGCUCAGGUCUAUAAUCGUGAGUAUGGGCAUGUUGGGUUUAUGCUGUCAUGUUACGAUGCGGACCUCAGUUACGAUAGCUGCACAGACACCUUUCAUGCAAGGUACCCACCUCAUGGGCGGAGGAAUAUGGUGAUAGAGGAAGGAGUGAAGUGGGAGAGACUAAGACCUCCACCUGUCAGUACUCCUGCACAUGAACUUCAUGUCUCAGACUGUUUGGAUGAUUUACGGCCCGGCGAUCAUAUUGAGAUUCAGUGGAGAAGGAGCAAAGAAUUUCCUUAUGGCUGGUGGUAUGGGGUUGUGGGUCACUUGGAGCUCUGCGAUGGGAACAGGAAUCUCUGUUAUUGUCAUAGCAGUGAUACUGUGAUGCUGGAGUUCAACCAAUACACCCCCGGUUCGCGGUGGAGGCGAACAGCCGUAAAUAGAAAAGACCAUCAGGAAGAAGGCAACGAAACAAAUGGGUUUUACGGAGGAAUCAGGAAACUGCACACCAAAGAGGAGAGAGCGAUGUGGAAGCAGCUGUGGCCCACCCAUGUCUUGGAAUAGGUUGGUGGGCCACGGUGCAGACGGAUAUGAGAGUAUAUUACGAAGCUCCUACUUCAUGUUAAUGAAUUGUGAAUUGGAAUUUAGAGUGAUAGAACGAUCAAGGCACCGAUCAUUGCCUCUGAUUUUAGUUGGGUCCAUAUCGAUAUCAUGUUCUUCGUUUUUUUUUGGCAAGUCGGUAUCGUUGAUAGCCCUUUCAUGUGGGCCACAGGCCAUGCAAAAUCCCAUAUUUAGAAUAAAUGCAAAUUCAAUGUAACAUAUUUAAUUGGUCAUAUUACUAUAUAGUUAAAUUUCAAUUGUAUCUAUUGCCCAAUUGGAGUUUCUUA